ACGCGAAUAUCGGCACAAAGCGAAAUCGGUGGGAAACAAGCAGAAGGCAGACGAAGGAAUAAAAUAAAGAGCGAAGCGACGACAAAGAACGUGAACGCCGUGCAAAAACGAAAAGAGAAAUACGAAUUUAAUACCUAAUACGCGAAGUACAAACCGGUUCUUGGCUUUCUUGAAAUAAAGCAACAAAAGCAAAAGAACGUGGCUCUCCGGUCCCGGCUUUUUCUGCCUCUGUGUUUGUGUCCCAUGUUUCCGUGCGUGUGUGUUUGUGCGUUGGUCCCAGGUCUGUCCAUGUGUGAGUGAGUUUAUUUAUCUGUGCAUGUGUGUUGCCGCGUAAACAGACGCAGGCCAGCGAAAACAAGAAGAAGAAAACGAAGAAAUCUGCGAUUGGGUCGUUUCCAUUUGGCGCCGUUUAUAUUUAUUUCUAAAGUGCAUUGCAAAGUCGGUAGCAACUCCGCGGGAUAAAAUAUAUUGAUAUUCGGGUUAGAUAUCCCCGAUGAGACGCGCAAUUAAUAGGGCGCCCGCCUCAGGGUCUGUGAAAACAACAGACCGAAGCCGCCGUCGAAACGAUCGCGAAAAGUUGAAAACGACUUCGAUUUUCCUAGCGAAAACCGAGAAAUAAUAUUAUGCGGAGGUCUACAGAGGAACCACCGACAAACAGCUACGAAAGGAACUACUACGACCGCACCAGCAGCCGCUUAGUCAGUCAGUACCAGACGGGCAACUCCGCCUCCUUGUCCACAUCCAAUUCCAACGCCAACUCGAGUCCAUCGUCAGCAUCCGCUUCCCUAGCAGCAGCAGCGGCAGCAGCAGCAUCAGUAUCCGCAUCGGCGGCAGCAGCAGGAGGAGGAUCCUCAGAGAGAUCGCGCAAUAGAGAUCGCCUGUACAGGAAUGGUUCUGCCAGCGGUCAUAGCGGUGGCGGCGGUAUCAACAGCGGCAACAGCAGCAGCAACACGACGACGACGACAGCAGCCACAGCUGGAGCUGGAGGAUCUGGACCGGGGGGCGUUGGAGCUGGAGCACCGCAGGCGCUAGGCGACCGGAGCAGCAGCCACAAUAUCCACCAGAAUCAGCAGAGCGCGCGGGUGGCACCACCACAGUCAUGGUACGAAGCCGCCGCUGCUGCAACGACGACGACGACGGCCCAAUUGAAAAGUCCUGGUGGCAGUGGCAAUGCCGGCGCCUCAGCAGCCGGUGGCUUUGCAAUGAUGAGCAACAAUCACCAGCAGCAGCACCCGCAUCCGCAUCUUCAGAAUCCUCAACACCCGCACUACAGCAGCAACAGCAGUCCAGCAGCAGGAGGAGGAGGAACCUGCCCAUCUCCCGCCCAAGGACAAACACAGAACACGCAGACCACGGCCGUGCAUCGAAGUGUGGCUUAUGCGGGAAGUGCUGCGGAUGACUCCACGCGCAAGAUGCUCCUGCACAGCAACAAACUCAAUAAGCUGCUCAAGGGAGUGGGAGCGGUAGCGGGAACGGGAUCAGCGGCCGGAGCACGCUCUGGUUCGGAAUCGCCAGGAGGAGCAGCACCAGCUGGAGGAGGAGGAGCAGCUACUCCAAUGACGACGACAAGUACAAUCACAAACAAUAGUUUUAGUAGUAAUAGUUUAAAUAAUACAAUAAACACGGCAACGCCAACGAUGCCAACGAUAGCAUCUGGUGCUGCUGCAGCUACUGGAGCAACUGGAGCAGGAUCGACAGCAGCCAGCGGUGACAUUCUAAAUGUGGCCGCUGCAUUGGCCGCUGCUGCAGCUGCCUCUGUGGACAAUGGAAUACCCUCGUCUCAUCCGAUUCGGACGCGACACCACCUGCAUGGACGCAGCACCACCUCCUCCAGUCGCUCGCACUCGCGCUCGCCGAGCAGCUACAGCAGUUCGCACAGCUCCUCGUCCUCCUCGCACUCUUCUUCCCACUCGCACGCGUCCAGUCCCGUCCAGUCUACGGGCAAUUGUGCGAUGAUGAUGGCGGAGAAUCGGGGUGGACGUAGCCUGCAAUCUGUGGCAGUAACAAGCAACUCUUCAAAUCCCAGUGGCAAUGCUGGCACCGCCGGCGGCUGCGGCUCCAGUUCAUCGUCGAGCAGCAGCAGUAGCUCGAGCGGCUCCUCCUCCUGCCUGACAGCCAAUCCCGUGGUGCAUUCCGAAGACAACCGGCCGCUGGCGAUACGUGUCCGCAAUUUGCCCGCCCGUUCCUCGGACACAUCCCUCAAGGAUGGUCUCUUCCAUGAGUACAAAAAACACGGCAAGGUGACGUGGGUCAAGGUGGUGGGGCAGAACUCAGAGCGCUACGCUCUGGUCUGCUUCAAGAAGCCCGAUGAUGUGGAGAAGGCGUUGGAGGUGUCUCACGACAAGCACUUCUUUGGCUGCAAGAUUGAGGUGGAGCCGUACCAAGGCUACGAUGUGGAGGACAAUGAAUUCCGGCCCUACGAAGCUGAGCUGGAUGAGUAUCAUCCAAAAUCCACGCGUACGCUGUUCAUAGGCAACCUGGAGAAGGACAUAACCGCUGGAGAACUGCGUGGGCACUUUGAGGGCUUCGGCGAGAUCAUCGAGAUCGACAUAAAGAAGCAGGGUUUGAAUGCCUACGCCUUCUGUCAGUAUUCGGACAUUGUCUCGGUGGUGAAGGCAAUGCGCAAAAUGGACGGCGAGCAUCUGGGCAGCAACAGGAUCAAGCUUGGCUUUGGCAAGUCCAUGCCCACCAACUGUGUGUGGAUCGAUGGCGUUGGCGAGAAGGUGUCCGAGUCGUUUCUCCAAUCCCAAUUCACGCGCUUUGGCACUGUUACCAAGGUCAGCAUAGAUCGCAACAGGCAGUUGGCUUUGGUUUUGUACGAUCAGGUGCAGAAUGCCCAGGCAGCGGUGAAGGAUAUGCGUGGCACGAUCAUGCGUGGCAGGAAACUGCAAGUGGACUUUGCCUCGAGGGAGUGCCAGGAUGCCUUCUACGAUAAGCAGGAGAAGCAGCAACAGCAACAGCAGCAGCAGCAAAGUGCAGCAGGUUCUUCUUCGCGCUUUGUUCGCUACGAGUCGUCCUCCUCCUCAUCGCAGUCUCGUUCGCGGGCUUCAUCCUUUAGCCGGCACCAGAACAACUCCAAUGAUGGCUGCUCGCCGAGUAAUACUCCUGGAGGAGGAGCUAGCAGUGGAAGCAGCAGUACAACCAACCAAAGCAGCAUCUCCAACAGCAGUACCUCUGCGAGCAACGCCAUGCCGGCUCCCAGCUUGGCCUCUGCUGUUGUAAGCGGAGCUGGAGCCUCAGGAGUAGCUUUAACCUCGGCAACGGCACUGCCCUUGGUGGUUGGUUCGUCCUCCUCCUCCUCGGCCAGUUCCAUGCCAGCUGCUUUGGCGCAAAGGAUGCGAAUGGCCAGAAAUGCCCGGCAUACCAUCGAUUUUGACUUCAACGAUGUGGGUGGAGCACGGUCGCGGUUUCGCAACUCCGAGGAGUACAACAAUCCAACGCAGGAUGACGAGAUACGCUCCGAUUCUCCAGUGAUUGCACGCCUGGGUCCGGCUGUCAAUAGUUUGAGUGGUUCCAGUGGAGAGGGGCUCGAUGGGACAGGAGCGGGAUCGGGAUCCCUUAACCGGAGGCGUUGCGGUAAACCAACCAAUCAACGUUUCCAUUUGCCGGAACAACUCGAGGAAUGCCCGUCCAGUGGUGACGAGGGCGUGGUCAGUCCGCGAAAGCGCAUCAAAAUGGAUUACCACCAUCUCCACCAUCAUUCCAAUGCCAGCGGGGGAGAGUUGUCCACUGGCGGCGAACACGGCAUCAAGCCCAGCCCCCUCUCCCUGUCCACCUCCACCUCCUCGUCCUCCAACUGUGAUGUGAUACACGAUCCCCUCAAUCGCAAGAGCGAGAUCCGGCGUGUAUCCGAGACGAUGACCACGACGACGACAAGUGGCUCGACCGGCAUGAAGUUCCCUGGCCAUCAGCCCCUUGCUGGUGGUCCGCCCUCCAUGAUGCUGAGCUGCCGGCGUCCCUCGAUCGAUGUCGGAGCUCUGACGGCGCUCUCCAGCUCAUCGGCCUUUCGGCAUGGACUGGUGGGGGCCAGUAGCAUGGAUCAGCAGCAGCAUCAUCUGAUGAAUGCCUCACUGGCGGCCAAGCGGAGGCGGGUGACCACCACAAUGCAGCAGCCAGGCAGCAGCAGCAGCACGUCGGCCACAACGUCGUCUUCGGGCAGUAAUUCGGUUGGAGGUGGAUCUGGCUUGGUGGGAAUAGGAAGUCUUGCUUCGACAGAUGACUACCACCAUCAUGCCUCGCGGGGCAGGGGCCAUCAGCUACAUUCCCAUCACUCGCACGAGGCCAGCGGAGGCGAGAGUGCGGAUGGUUCGCGUCCUGGAACGCCGCUGUGCGAUGAGCGACCGGAAGUACUGCCCACAGAGCCGCGUCGCCUGCCGCCGCCCAGAGAGAGGGCGCGGGAGAGAGUGCGCGAGGUGAUGUGGCUGCCCCUGCCCAAGUUUGGAGUGAUAUUCUUCCAGCAGCAGCAGACCCGAGGCAGUGGCAGUGGAGGCAGUUACCAGCAGCAGCAGCAGCCAGGCUCCUCCAGCGGUGGACUGAGCGGACUGGGGGCGUCGUCUGGCGCCUCCUCCGCUGCUAAUGCUGCAUGCUCCCUCAGCAACUCUAGUCUAAACGCCAGCCAGGGCGUGGGCUCCGGCUCGGGAUCGGCAUUCCUGCCCAGCCCCUCGCUCCAGCGCUAUUGGCGUUCAUCCUCCUCAUCCUCCUCCUCGCACCACCAUCAUCACCAGCAUCAUCAUCACCACCAGCAACAGCAGCAGCAGUCGUUGCAGCAAGGAUCCUCCUCCAACUCUGGCCUAAUGGCCAGUCCUGCGCGUCCGCGAUCACUCAGCUCCAAUUCGAGUGAUUCGGAUGUUCCACAGGGUCACAAUGCCGGCGGAAGUCCCUCGCUGGAUGAACGCCUGCGCAACUUUGAGGAGAACUACGAGCGAUGGUCAGGCGGAGGCAGCAGCAGGGAGCACGGCCACUCCAGUCACACACCCUCCAGCGCCUCUACGCCCUCUUGGCAGCUGUCCAUGCACAUGAAUCUGGGCAGCGGCAGCGGUGGCUUAAACUCCCAUCAAACCAGCUCCUCGGGUUCAGGCUCUGGCUCCGGGAACAGCAACAGUUCCAGCGGGACAACGUCCAGCACCACCAGCAAUUCCCGUCACAAAUUCCUGGACAUUGAUGAGCUGCAACCCUCGGAUAUAGUAAAAUCCGUGCUGGCCAAGAAGAGUAUCUUUGAUGAUGAUUUCCAGCGGCUGAAGAAAAAUCAAUGGUAUGAGCCCAGCAGCUCGGACUUCGCCUUGGGAACGAGUUCCUCCUCUAACCUGAUUGUGGGCUCCUCACUGGGAUCGGCUGUGGCGAGAGGCCUUUGCAGUGGAAACACCUCACCGGCAUUACCUAAUCUGGCAGCCACCAAGACCACGCCCAUUAUAGGGAACUGCAGCAGCACCAGCGGCAGCAGUGGAGGAGGAUUGGUGGUCAACUCGACGUCGACGGGAAGCAAGACGGGGGGAUUGCUUCAGAGGCUAAGCAGUUUGUCGCCCAUGAACUCCCCACAGGCUUCAAUGUCGCCUUACAACAGUCCAUCGCCUUCGCCCUCGGUGGGUGGAGCAACUGCAGCACAGCUAGCCAAGCCCACAACAAUGGCAGUGGGAGCAGCAGCAGCAGGAGCAGCGAGUGUAGUAAGCAAUGCCUCUACAACCGCCUCACCUUCCUCAGGACCCACCAAGGGUCUGCAAUACCCGUUUCCCAGUCACCCGCCUUUGCCCAACACAGCAGCGCCACCGCCCGCCGUGCAGCCAGCGCCACCACCUCCUCCGGAGAUGGUAAAGCAGCAGCCCAGACAGGCAGCUACAUCUUCGGGCAGCAAUCUAACCAAGAGUUUGAGCGUACCCGAAGCCCAGCCACCUCAAUCGCCGGCCAGAGUGCAGCUCCAGAAGUCGGCCUCAGUGCCAGGAAGCACCAACAUUGGCACUGUGGCACCCACCCCUGCAUCAGCCACCACAUCAUCUUCAUCUUCGUCCAACGGUAACAGUUCCUCAGCAGCCGCAUCAGCAGCCACCCAAGUACAAAAGCCAACGACGCAGCCGCAAAACUCCACAGAGGAGGAGCAGCCAAAGAAGAGUGCUAAUGCCAGUCAAGCCUCCAGUUCCAGCUCCAAGAAGAGCAGCAGCAGCAGUAGCAGCCAGGACAAGUCCCAUGGCAAACACAACAAUCGUUCGGAGAAGAGCAAGAACAAGUCCGACAAGAGCUCAUCCUCCUCCUCCUCCGACAAGCGCAAGAACUCGGCCACCUCCCAAUCCUCCAAGUCGGCUACGCCCCGCAUUGAAGAUGAUUCCACCGAUCAGGAGGAGUCAGCCGAAAAGGCAGAGAAAGAGCGGGAGAAGAAGGAGCGCCAGGAGAAGGAGAAGCGCGAGAAGGAGCUUCGCAAGCAGCAUGAACGCGAGGAGAAGGAGCGCUGCAAGGCUGCACAGGAGGAGAAGGAGCGGGAGGAGCGCAGGGCCAAAGAGGAGAGAGAGCGUGAGGAGCGCAAGGCCAAAGAGGAGAAGGAGCGCGAACGAGAGAAAGAGCGUGAGCGUGAGAGGAAGGCACUGGAAGAGAGGGAAGAAAAGGAACGCGAGGAGCGAGAGCUGCGCGAAAAGGAGCAAAGAGAAAAGGAAAUCCGAGAGAAAGAGCAGCGAGAGAUGGAGCAAAGAGAGAAGGAGCAACGGGAGAAAGAACAAAGGGAGAAGGAGCAAAAGGAAAAGGAGCAACGCGAAAAGGAACUCCUCCGAGAGAAGGAACAAAGAGAGCGAGAGCAGCGGCGCGCCCAGGAAGCCGAGCAAGAAGCUCGCCUGGCCCGUAUGCGCGAGCUCUCCUCCUACCACAAAAGCAAGUCGGAGGCCAGCUCCGAAGCCACCAGCUUCUAUUCCCACAACAAUACCCUUCCCCCCUCAACAGGCUCCUCUGGCGACUGUCAGCACAACAAGGAGAAUGCUGUGGAUGCCUCUGCUCCGGCUACACCCGCUAGUGCUACUCCCUCAACGCCAUCGGAUAACCCCGCCAAGGAUCGUUCUCGCAAAUCCUCCAGGAAUUCGCCAGUGCGCCUCCACAAGCGACGCCUCAGUUCGCAGGAUAGCAAUCACAGUGGUGGUGGAGGUCCCAGUCAUCAGAAUCAUCACGAUGACUAUGUGAAGCGCAUUCGCAUGGAGAACUCUCAAAAUCCUGCAAACACUAACCAAAGGCUUAACGAUCGUCGCGACUCCAAGGAGCACAAGAGCACGAGCUCCAAGGAGGAGAAGACCAGCAACAGCUCACAGCACAACUCCAAGUCGCACGGCAGCGGAGGCAGUUCAUCUUCCUCGUCCAAGCAUCAUCGCCGGGACAAGCAUCACCAGAAGAUCAGCGUAAGCUCACUCGAAACGAAUCCCUCCCUGGAGACCCUAGAUCCCGCCAAGCAGCACUUGAAUACCAGCGAAGAGGAGCAGCCCAAAAGGGACAAGGAGCAAAGGGAGAGAGAACACUCUAGUAGCCACCAUCAUGGCGGCAGUAGCUCCUCCUCCAGGCACAAGAGCAAACGGGAACACCAUCACCAUCGCGAGAAGAAGCGGCAUUCGGUGGCGGAGUCCACCAACACGGACGAAGAGCAGCAUCCUACCCACUCCCAGCAGCAACAGCAGCCGCAGCAUAAUCCGCACAGGAGAAUCUCGGCGGCGGGCAGUGGCUCAGCGGGUGAACUCAGCUCAACGGCAAGUGGGAAACCGCACCACCAUCAUCACCACAGGCGGAGUGUGGAGCGUAAAUCCUCCCGGGGAUCCGAUGAGGGUCACCAUUCCUCGUCGAAGUCGCUGCGCAACAAGCUAAUGAUGCUAAGCUCCGCAGACUCGGACGACACGGAUGAUGCCUCCAAAAAGCACUCGAUCUUUGACAUUCCCGAUGAUUGCCCCAAUGUGUCGAUGUACGACAAGGUCAAGGCCAGGAGCUGCAAGAAUAUGCAACGCCAGGCCGAGGAGAAGAAGAUCAAGGCCAAGUUCUCGCAGCUGAAGCAGUCGCGGGCCAAGAAGAAGCGCUCCACCAGCUACGAUGGGGACUCGGACACCGAGUUUGAGGAUCGACAUCAUCGUAACAGUGGUAGCAGCAGCUUCCAUGGACGCUAUCCUGGCCUAUCGAGCAGCGAUGAGGAUGAUGAGGACGACGAGAGACGUCUGCCUAGGCGCAUCUUCUCUGAUUCGGAUGCCGAGCAGGAGGGUGACCAGGAGCAGCAGCAGCAGGAGCAGGUUGCAGGCUCCAUGCCAGAUGCCAACCUGGUGCGACAGAUGCAACAGAACCUGCGUAGACUGUGCGAUGGAGACGACGAGAGCUCCGAGGAUGAGAUUAGAAGGAACGUUCUAAAGCACAACCAUCUCGGCAAGCGCAACUCUCACUCCACCCGCAUAGCCUCCGAUUCGGAGUCACAGUCCCAGCCAGCUCCUGAUUUGGUGAUCAAGCAAGAGCCUCAGCCUAAUCCCGCUCCCCAGGAGAUCAAGCAGGAGCAGCUCUCAGACAGCGAGCAAAAGUUCAAGUCGCGCCACGAUUCCAACUCCUCGAUGGAAGAGCGCAAGCUCAAGACCGAGCGAGAGAUCAAGAAGGAGUUUGGUGACUUUUACAACUCCUCCACAGGUAGCUAUGCCUACUCCGACUCGGGAAAAAUCAGCAAGGACUACUCCCCGGAGACCCGGAAGAAGCACAAGAAGAGCAAGAAGCGUUUAAAGUCCUCAUCCACUGUGGAGACCUCGCCUCUCAUGGUCACAGCUCCAUCAACACCCUCUAUAUUCGAUAUGCAUUCCACCUCCUCCGCCGUUGGGGACUUCAAGCCCAAGUUGGAUAGCUUUGAUGAUCUGAAAACAGAGCCUGCGGCAACCCUGCCGGUGGACAUCUCAGCCAGCGAACGGCGGAAGCAUAAGGAGCGCAAGGAGAAGAAGCGCGAGAAGCUGAGGAACCUCACAGAGACCAACGCAACCGUUGGAAGCGUGACCACAGUAAACACAACCAAUCCUCCAAUGGUUACAAAUGAGGUGAUUAGCUCUGAGAAACUUUCCAAGGAGGAGCGUCAUAGACUGAAAAAGUCCAAGAAAUCCAAGAGUUUGGACACAUCCUCAACCAACAGGCUUUACAACUCGGGUUCUGUGCUCCCAACGGCCUCACCCAUGCCUGCUACACCCACCUCAGCGCCCUUGUUGGCUGCCCAGCCUCCUUCGAAGCGGGGCGAAGACAAAAUGGAGUUCAUCUUUGGCAUCAUUUCCGAUGAGGAUGAGUCCCAGUUCACGGAUGAACAGGGGGAAAACAACAAGGAGGCCACCUGUGUCUCCACAACAGGUCCCAUUGUCUCGGCAGCUUUGCAGACUUACAAGCAGGAGCCAGCCACACCUGUCAAGAACCUAGAGGCAAGCAAUCAAAUGCCUGUCCAAGAGGAGGAACAGCAGCCACAGCAGCAGGAGAGAAGUCGCCAGGCGACGGGAGGCAGCAGCUCAACCUCACAUGCAGACAGAGAACGCCAUCGCAAGGAGAAGCGCGAGAAGAAGCGUCGCGAGAAGUCGCAGCGAGAACAGCAGCAGCAGCAACAACAGCAGCAGCAGCAAUCCUCAAAGCUCCAAGAUGCCAAGGUUGAAGAUGACAACAGUGUGGACAUGGACGAGGCAGGACGAGCUCUAGAGGCCCAACUGAUGAAUGACUUUGAUAGCAAAUUAAUGCCCGAAGAGGAGGCCACGCCAUCCACAGCCAACACCUACAGAUCCGACAUGGCAGAUGUGUUCCGAUUCUCCGACAACGAAGACAACUCCUUGGACAUGAUCAAGCAGGGAAGCAGCAGCAUUAAACCAGAGCAACAGCAGCAGCAGCAGGAACAGCACAAGAGCAAGGACAAGAAGAAGAAAAAGAAGCGCUCCAAAGAAGAGAAGCAGCAGCAUCGGCGCGAGUCCUUACCCCUUGUGGCACCGCCUCCUCAGCCUGGUGUACCAACCUCCGCGCCACCCACUCCUGGCAAGCUUACGGUUAAUGUGCAGGCUGCCAGCAAGCUUGCGGAUGAGCAGAUGGAAGCCAAGCGUCCUUCGUCGCCACCUCUAUGCAAACCUUCGCCCAGCUUGCCUUGUCUGCUGGGCGACGAUGACGACGAGGAUGUGUUGCUGAACAAGCCCAAGCUUCCCACGAAACCCACCACGCCCACGAGUCGAGGCAGUGACAGUCUGACUACGCCUACUCGGGAGAAACCACGCCUGAUCAGUCCCAUACCCAAGACACCCACAAUCACCAACAGCACCUCUAUGCUUUCCACCCAGUCCGCCGAGACUCCUGUGAGCACAGGAGCCGGAGUGAGUUCCUCCUCGGCAUUGGCCACAACGCCCACAUCUUCUACAGCUGCCAGUGCCACCGCUGGAGCAGAAGCAUCGCCCACCAGCAGUGCUGCAGGUCAGAAGAAGAAGGAGAUCUUCAUACCCGGAUUUGAUGGUCAGCUAGAUGAUAGGAUCAGUGAAUCCGCCGUGCAAUCCAUCUCAGCAGAGUUCAACUCAACCUCUUCGCUGCUGGAUAAUCUGGGAGAUGAGCCCAAGAUACCGGUGGCAUCGCCACCGAGUGCCAUAAAGCCCCAGGAAAAGAUGGAGGAGAGCAAGUCGCGUGUGACCAUUUCCCAAGAGGAGACCGAGAGUGCCGUCUCCGCUUUGUUGGGAGAAAGCUUUGGCACUUCCUCAACGGCAGACUACUCUCUGGAUGGCAUGGAUGAGAUGAACUCAGUGAGUGAUGUGGAGACGCCAGCUUUAGUGGUGGCAGAGCCCGAUGAAGAGGCCGCAUUGGCAGCCAAGGCCAUUGAGGCAGCUGUAGAGCCGGUGGCCUGUAUACUGGAAGAGCCUGAACUGGAGCCAGAACCGGAGCAUGAACCAGAACCCUCACCAGAGCCGGAGCGGGAGCCAGAGCGUGAGCGUGAGCCAGUGGCUAGUUCGGGAGCCUUGCUGGAUCCCGAGGAGAUCAACAAGGCAGUGCAGAGCCUGAGGCACGAGGACAUGAUGGACAUCAAGGCGGACACGCCGCAGUCGGAGCGGGACUUGCAGAUUGACACAGACACCGAGGAGAAUCCCGACGAGGCGGAUAGCAGUGGACCCAGUCUAAAGAUUGAUGAAACGGCCCAAAGCUCCUCGUCUUCGCCGGAGAAGUCCAUGGUCAGCUCAGCUGCCCGAGAAGUGCCAGUCAAGGACACAAGUCCAAAGGAGGCCAAACCCAAGGCCAGCCAGGAGACGGUGUCGGUGAUAACCAAGCUGCCAACCCUGGAGCCACAGCAGAAACCCACAGCCACCUCUUCUCCAGCCAAGAUAGAGCCACCCACCAUCAGCAAACUGCAACAGCCUUUGGUUCAACCUGUGCAGACAGUGUUGCCUGCUCCUCCGCACAUUCAUCCCUCUGGCAAUCCACCGCCAGUCAUCAACCUGGAUCUGUCCAAUGUAAUGAGCAACUGCUCCAACUCCAACUCCAGCACAUCUUCCACAACAGCCUCUGCCUCAGCUUCAGCUUCCAUUUCCUUUGGCAGUCCCACAUCUACUCCUGGUAACCAACACAUCAUGCCCCAGGCUUCGACUCCCAAGCAGCAGCAGCAGCAGCAGACACUGCGGACGCAGUCGCUCAUCAUGCAGCCACCUACAAUAUCCAUACCAGAGCAAACCCCACACUUUGUGGUGCCGCAGAUGGUGUUGUCGCCGCAUCAGCAUCCGCAGCAGCAGCCGGGAGCCUUUAUGGUGGGCAUAAGAGCGCCAUCGCCUCACAGUCCCCUACUGUCACCAGGACGACCUGCAGGUGGAGUACAAACGCGUGGUGUUGUGGGUCAACUUAGCCCCGUGGGAGGACGUCCUGUGGUUAAUCCACAGCAGCAGCAUGCCUUGAUGACCAGCCCGCAGGGCAGCAUAAGUCCCCUGGUCAGUCCCACUUCUCGAGUCGUGCCCACCAACAGCUCACCGACCACCAGCAAGCCCAAUAGCUAUCAGCCCAGGAACCAGCAGCAGCAACAGCAGAGCCAACAAAUGCCUUCACCCAAGUCUGUAAUAGAGCUGCAGACCUCGCCGCAGUUGAUGCCCAUUCCUUUGCAGAAGAUGCCUCCAAUGGCAGUGCCACAUCAUCCCACGAUCAUCAGCAAAGUGGUCACAGUGCAGCCGCAGCAGGCCACCCAAACCCAAGUGGCCAGCUCGCCGCCUUUGGGAAGUCUUCCCCCGCACAAGGCUCUGCAUGUGAAUGCUCAGCAGCAGCAGCAACAUCACCAGGCGCAGCAGCAGCAGCAUUCGCCUCAAAUGAUGGCCCAAAAGCAGCAUCAGCAGCAUGUGCAGCAGUUUAUGCAUCAGCAAAUGAUGCAAAGACAGCAGCAACAGCAACAACAGCACAUGCAGCAGCAGCAGCAACAGAUGUCGCCUCAGAUGACGCAACACCAAAUGCAGCAGCAGCAACAACACCACCAGGCUCAGCAGCAACAUCAGCUAAACCAGCAACAUCAGGCCCAACAGCAACAUUUAUCGCAGCAGCAGCUUCAGGCGCAUCAGCAACUCAACCAGCAGCACCAGGCUCAACAGCAACAUCAGGCCCAGCAACAACAUCAAGCCCAGCAACAGUUGAACCAGCAACAUCAGGCCCAACAGCAGCAGCAGUUGCACAUCCAGAAGCUGCAACAGCAGAUUCAUGCCCCCCAGCAACAGCCCUCGCCCCAGGGAGGAGCCACUCACUUGGCACCGCCUUCAGCACAAAUGUAUGCGCAGCAGCAGCAACACCAUGCGCAGCAGCAGCAGCAACAUCCUCGUGGAUUGCCACCUCAACAUAUGCAACACAGUCCCCCCUGCAAGCCGGUUAACCAAGGUCCUCCUCAGCCUGCAAUCUUGACCAGAGUGAAUCCCCAAGCACAGCAACUGUUGCAGCAGGCACCACACCAUCCCCAGCAGCAGCAGCAGGCACCACACCAUCCCCAGCAGCAGCAGGCACCACACCAUCCCCAGCAGCAGCAGCCACAGUCUGCACCUCAUCCCUCUCCCCUCAAUGUAAUUCAGAGUGCACCCAAGUUGAUAGUCCAACAGCACAUAGUGGCGCCACCACCAAGCCAGAUUGCUGCACAGCCACAGGUUACAUCAAAUGCUAUACACUAUCCUCCAACCAAUCAGCCAAGCAAGGAGAGCCCUGGGUCUGCCCCAGUGGAACCACCAUCCCCACAGACUAUGCCAGGCCAGCUCAAGACCUCCGAGAGCGUCUCGGUGAUACGCACACCAACUCCCACCACCAGUUCGGCUGUGAUCUCUCCCAAGACAGGAGCUCCCACUUCCCUGCUGACGGAGGAGAAUGUGAUCAAGAUCUCGCAGCCCAAGCAGGAUGAGCUCAUCGAGCAAGACUCCAAGGAGGUGGACAGUGACUACUGGUCGGCCAAGGAGGUGCAUAUAGACACGGUGAUCAAGAAACUGGAUGGACCGAUGGUAAACAAAGAAGAGAAGAGGCCACUGGAGAUGAAAGCAGGAGUUGCCCCGGUUUCAGUAGCGCCACAACCCGUGGAGCUGCCUCAGGAGACGCCGCUACCAACACCUCUUUCGGUGGUGAACAGCUCAUCCAACGACCAUGACACAGAGGAUGAAACAGAGACCCGACAACUGCCGCCCGUGAAACCAGCCACUCCCACAGUGGGCAGACCACCGGGCAGAGGAGGCACUGCCAAGCGAGGGCGCCAGCCAAGGGGAGCCAAGAAGCUGGGAGGUAUUCCCUUGAACCCAGUGGGAGCUGGAGUUCCAGGCGCUGACUCUGGUUUGGUGCUGCAGCCAGGUGACAAUGGAGUGCAGACCAGAGGACUGAGGAAACCUGCCACUGCUCCAGUGACCAGAGGCAGAAAGGGACGCCCGCCGAGGAACCUGCUCCUGCAGCAACAGCAACUGCAGCAACAGCAGUUGGAUCUGCAGAGGAAGGCCAUGGAAAUGUCAGCAGCCUCGGCACCAGCACCUCCCCCGCAAGCAGCAGUUCCUCCAGUGGCAGCACCGGUUCCCACACCGCCCACUCCUGUGCUCACAGCCGCCGAGAAAAAGGCCAGGAAUCAGGCCUUGACGCAGGCUCAGGCGCAGGCUCAAGCACAGAAUCCAGUUCCUGGCUCCAACCAGGACAUUUACGAGUUCCACGAGGAUGCCGGCGAAGAGCCCAAGGCCAAGGCUAACGCUAAUGCUGGAGCACCCACCGAGGAUCAGCGACCACGUCUCAUUAUGACCAUCAACAAGGCGCAGACCUCGAUCAAGAACAGCAGCGAGAUGGAGCAGCCUCAGCAGUCAGGUCAGACACCUCAGCCCCCACAGGAGGUGGAUCCCAAUGCCGGCGACAGCGCCGAGUCCAGCAACACGCGCAAGUCGCGACGCCUUCAAGAGAAGGAGGAUCGCAGCACUGUGGAUGACAUCAUUGAGGAUGUGGUAAGAAAUACCAACACACCCACAGGAGCGCAGCAGCAGCAGCAGUUGCCAAAGGGCGCCCAGACACCGCCGCGUCGCUCGGGCAGAAAUGCCCAGGCCAAGAAGGCGGAUGCAGUGCCGCACACCACGGCCACACCCAAUGCAGUGGGUCGCCCCAGGCGUUCCAAGGACAGAAAGACCAUUUGCGAACCGCCUGCAAGCAUGAUGAUGGAGGAUUCAAUGGCCUCCAAUCCCAGUCCGGCGGCUCCUAGCUCGAUACUGCUGCCGCCGCCAGCACCAGCGCCUGAGGUGGUUUCAGUGCCUGUGCAGCCACAUAUGCCGCAGUUGGACAGCAAGGAAGUGGUGGAACCACCAGUUCUUCCUCCUCCUCCUCCUGCUCCGGUUAGUAAUCCCACUCCAGCGCCUGUUGUUGUGCCCGUUGCGGUCUCCCAUCCCGUGGCACCGCCUGCCAAGCCUACGAUGCCACAGCAUCCCAAGAAGAAGGCCAUUGCAGCAGCUGAGAUUGAGUCGUAUCAGGCCAUCAACAACUCAUCCAUACCUAGCGGAGGCUUGCCUAUGCACCAGACAGCGGCUCCGGCCACGCAGAAGAUCACUGGCGGGGCAGCGGAUGCGGUGAGCAAGGCUCUGGUGGAUCCCGUCACGGGAGUAAUCACAGCAGGAAUGCCGCAGGGUAAGGAGGGCAAUCUGCCGGCAGCCACAGCAGCAGCUCCUUCCAAUGAGACGCCGCCUACCAUGCAACAGCAGCAGCAGCCACACCAACCGCAGCAGCAACACCAGCAGCAGCAGCAUCAACAUCACUUGCAGCAGCCACAUCAUCAUCAGCCUCCCCAGCAGCAGCAGCAGCAGCAGAUCAGUGCCACUGUGAUUGCUCCUCUGGCCACUACUCCGAUUACAGCCUUGAGCAAAUCCGUGCAGCUAGAGGCUGCGGCAGCAGCAGCCUUGCUCAACAAGCCAGUGAGUGUCUUGAUGAAGGGAAGCCCCAAUCCUUUGGUGAUCCAACAGCCGCCGCCACAACAGAUGACGGUUCCACCCAAGCAGCCCAUAAUCCUGCAGCAGAAUCCCUUGCCAACAGUGCUGCAGCAUGCCCAGCACAGCAAUGUGAGGCCACCGCAGCCACUGAAGGCGCAUGUCCUGAACAGGGAAAAGAAUCUGCAGCAGCAGCAGCAACAGCAGCAGAUGACGCCUACCAAGCCGCCAGGAGGAUCAGGAGCACCUCAUCCUCAGCAUCAGCAGCAGCUGCCUCUAAGCAGCCACUUGUUGCUCACAGAUGCCGUUGGUAACCAACAGCUCUUGCAGCCUCAGAUGAUGGCUCGUCACAUGCAGCAGCAGCAACAGCAACAGCAGCAGCAGCAGCAUUUGCUGGUAAAUGUGCCACCACCACCAACGGCUCACUCGCCGCACUCGCCUAGGAUUCCUGGACAGCAGCUGGGCGGAGCAGGAGCCACGGUCACGCCACAGCAGCAGCAACAAACGCUGGUGAUCAAGCAGGCGGCGCCGGCAGCUCCGCCACAGAUCCUGCAUGUGGUGAGCUCCAAGGCCUCGGUGGUGCCGCCCACCUCAUCAGGAUCGGGAGUACACUUGCAGAUGGGCAAGCCCACCUUUGGCUAUGCGCCGAAUGUCCUGCCACCCAAUGCAACGGCGGCAUCUGUGCAGCAGCAACAGCAGCAGGCAAUGUAUAAGCCACCCAAUCAGCAGAAGAGCGGUCUCCCACCUCAUGGCAUGAUCUUGCCUACGCAUCCGGCCAUGCUGUUGCAGCAGAAGCCACCGGCACAUCUGCAGGCGCAGCAGCAUCAACUGACACCCUCGCCGCCGCUGCCUGGCAAGCCCAAUCCCGUGGUGCACAGCCUGCAGGCGGCGGCGCAGAUGCUGCCCGGCAGUCCGCCGCCCGUGUCCGCGGCUGUCCUGAAGUCGGCCCAGCAGCAGGUUAACUCUGCAGCGGUGCUGCGCACAGCCAUACCAAACAUCAGUCCGCAGGGACAGCCGAGGGUCUCGCCUUUGGUUCUGCCGCCAGGAAUGGCAGGAGUGCCGCCCUUCGAUGCCAGCUUGCAUGACCUGGGCGCCUAUGUCAGUGGACGGCGCACCCAGAGUCCGCCGCCAGCCCAUCAGCAGGCAUCGCCCAUCACACCGAACGACUCUACGUAUCGCGGAGUGACCGCUUCCAGGGACUUUAUGCUCUACCAGCAUCACCUGAUGCGCAGCGGCGAGUAUGAUGACAAGAUGAUCAGCAGCAGUCCCCCGCUAGAGCUGCGACGUCCUGGCAGUGGUCCACCCCGAGUCAUAGCAGUGCCGCACAGCCUGCAGAGUCCCCAAGAUCGCACAGCAGCUGACUCACCGCAAAUGGCUCAGGUCUACGUGCACAAUGCCCGCAUUCCGCCAGCCCACUUCAGUGACAUAGCCUCGCGUGGUGGUUACUACGAGAGCGGUGGCAUGCAGUUAGAGCCACCGCCAGCCCAUCGACCGGCUGCCUCUAUAAGCGUGGUGGUGCCACCACCCAUGCCCAAUGUCUCGGCGGGCAGUCCGUUUAUAGGACGCGAAGUCCUGCACCCAGGAAGCAAGCAGGCCUUGGAGAUGACGCUGGAGGAGCGAGAGAUGGAGCGUAUGUCCAUGAUAGCAGCUGUGGUAAAACAACAACAAGAGCAAAUGCCACCUGUCAUACACGCUGGCAUGGAGCUGUCUGCCCAGCAGCAGGCACCGCCAACAAUGGCUCCACCCCCCGGCGACUCGCUGGUGACUUUACUCCAACGCUAUCCGGUGAUGUGGCAGGGUCUGUUGGCCCUGAAAACCGAUCAGGCAGCAGUCCAAAUGCACUUUGUGCAUGGAAAUCCAAAUGUGGCAAGAGCCUCGCUGCCCAGCUUGGCGGAGACAAACACGCCGCUGCUAAGGAUUGCCCAGAGAAUGAGACUAGAGCAGACACAGCUAGAAGGAGUGGCCAAAAAGAUGCAGGUGGACAAGGAACACUGCAUGCUGUUGGCCUUGCCCUGUGGUAGGGAUCAUGCCGAUGUGCUGCAGCACUCGAGGAACCUUCAAACUGGAUUUAUAACCUAUCUGCAACAGAAAAUGGCCGCCGGCAUUGUGAAUAUACCCAUUCCAGGCAGCGAGCAGGCAGCCUAUGUGGUGCACAUUUUCCCGGCCUGUGAUUUUGCCAAUGAGAACCUGGAGCGUGCAGCGCCCGAUCUCAAGAAUCGUGUGGCCGAGUUGGCCCACCUCCUGAUAGUCAUAGCCACUGUGUAAGUCACAGAUUAAAAACUGGAUGUAAAAGAAACCCGAAACGGAUGCGACUUAAAAACCGGAUAUAAACUCUUUGCACGGUCACUACAAUUGAAACCAGCAUGAACGAUAGAAUGAAAAACAAGUUACGCUCUUCUAGUAUUUUAAGUAAUUUUAAAAAUAGCGAUUAAACAAGCAAAAGUUUAAAACAAAAGCAAAGCGAAACACUAAAAGAACUUCAAGAAGCAGACACACACGCGUGCAAACUUUAUUGAAUAUAAAAAUAAAUGCAAGAGAGAAGGCAGAAACACAACGUAAAUGUAAAGAAAGAAAGCUGCAUAUUUGUCGAAAUUGAUGAUUAUUAAAUUAAACCUUUCCUAAUUUAGAAGAAAACCCAAACAAUUAACCAGAAGCUUGCAAAGUAUCGUUAAGUUUGAUCUCAAGAAAGAAAGUUUUAUUUUUGCUUAAUUUAAAAAAGAAGAAAAACACACGUAAAACACACAACACACACGAAAAGCAAACAAAUUGAAACGAAAAAUGUUAAGAGAAACCACACAUAAUAACUGUACUAUGCAUACUACUAUCCCAUACAUAAUAUGAAUAUCCAAAUCCAAGCAACCCCUAAACACACACAAAAGUUUAAGUUUUGAUUCAACUAAUUCAGAGGAAAUUUAUAGUUAAUGCCCCAUGUUCUACAGAGUUUCUGCAACCGCCCACAAUCUUUCUGCCCGAUUCUUCGGUUCCUUGGCUCUAUGGAAGGCCACCACCUGCCUAGGCCGACCUCACAUAGACCCAAAGAACUGCUCGGAGUCGUGGCCUGAUCCCUGCUGUUGUUCCAAGCACAAUUUUAUAUAGGUUUAGCGAUGCGCCCAGAGGCUUUUUCCUACGAUUACACAUACAUACAACACGUAUACAUUAUGCAUUAUUACAUUAUACAUUUAUCCUAGAAGCGUAUGUUUAAUUAUAAUCGAAUAUUGUAAGCCAAAUACUUUUUACUUUAAAGCAACACACGUCUUUCGCUCUGCAACAGAGCUGCGUUCUUUGCUUUUUGAACUUUCCAAGCCUUUUGUUUUUCGUUAGUUUUUCCUACUUUUUUUUUGUUUUAUUUUAUAAAAUUCAACAACAACACUGCCACAAAAACACACUAAACUAAAAUCUGUACGAUUUCAAACCUGGCGAAAGCUUGCGAAACUUUGUAGAAUGUCGGGCUCACACACAGACUAAAUAUGAUGAUACAAUAUACAACCUAUAUAGUACCCGUACCCUCUCUCUGUACACUCCUUAAGCUUAAAGAACACAAACACACACACACACACGUACGUUUUCACAGCCCCCCUUGUAAAUUAUGUGACGACGACACCGGCGAUCGCUGAGUAGUAAGAAAAGAUAUAAAAAAAAAUACAAAUACAAAUAUUAAAUGAGAAAGAAAGAAACACAACAUUGUAAAAUAUUUAAAUUAUUUAGACUCUAAACAAGUAUAUGAAAUGUAAAUACAGUUUAAUUAGUGUUUAGCGCGUAUUUAGUUGUAUGUUUUAAAACUAAACUAAAGAGAGAACAACUGUACAUUAUAUAACACAACUAACGAUACGAGAGGGGCGCCAGGGGAGGGGGAUCUGCAGAUCAGAGCCUCUCUCGGGCCCACAAAAACGGAUGAAAAAAAAAAAUAAAACAGAAGAAAAGAGGGAAGAGAGUAGGAGUAAGAGAAGAAAGUGAGAAAGCAGCAAGUAAACAACACACACACACACACACCAACACACACUUUUUCAAAGUUGAACAACAGAUGAGGAAAAGCGCUGUUAAAAAUAUGUUAAUGUAUAAGUUGUAUGUUUUAAGACACUUUUUAGUUAUUUCCUAAGUUAAUUUGAAGAAACCGAUUAAAUUACACUUAUUUCUUA